AUGGAUAAAGGAAACUUGGUCCAGCUGCUCCAAGCGAGCCAGAUUCCCGACACCGAGAAGGUCAAGGCCGUCACGGCCGAGUUGCAGAAGAACUACUACUCCAAGCCCGAGUCCCUUCUCCUGCUGAUCGAGAUCACCGUCUCCCACGAUGACGCCGCCAUCCGUCAGCUGUCCUCCGUCCAGGCUCUGCGCCUGACCCCCAGACACUGGUCGAAGCUUGCCGCCGACAAGCGACAGCUGGCCAAGCAACACAUCCUGGACAGCAUCCUGAACGACCAGUCUGCUUCCUCGCGCCGCUCCAAGUCGCGCCUUUUGGCCUGCGCCAUCGGCCUCGACCUUGAGGAUGGCGAGGGUCAGGACUUCGUUCGUAACCUCCUGUCCCUGAACACCUCCGACAACGUCGCCCACCGCGAGGUUGGCUCCUACAUCCUCUAUGCUCUCCUCGACAACGACCCCACCCACUUCGCCGAGCAGACCACUCAACUUCUUGGCCUCGUCCAGAAGACCAUCGUCGACCCUGCCAGCGCUGAGGUCCGCCUGACUUCCGUCAAGUCCGUCGGCGCUCUUCUGAUGAUCGUCGACCCGGAGGAGGACACCGAUAGCGUGAAGCUCAUCCAGCAGCUCAUCCAGCCCAUGGUUGAGAUCCUCAAGAACGCCAUCUCCGAGGGCAACGAUGACCACUACAGAGACGUGUUUGAGGUCUUCCAGUCCUUCUUGGGCUACGACUCUGCCUUCCUCGCCGCCCACCUCAAGGACCUCGUCCACUUCAUGAUUGACCUCGCCGUCAACACCGACGUCGAGGAGGAUGCCCGCUCGCAGGCCCUGGCUUUCCUCAGCCAGUGCGCCCGCUACCGCCGCAUGAAGCUCCAGGCCAUGAAGGACAUGGGUGCUCUGCUCAUGUCCAAGAGCAUGCAAGUCGUCACCGAGAUCGACACCGACGACGAGGAUGAUGACAACUCCCCCGCGAGAACCGCUCUGUCUCUCAUCGACCAGCUGGCCAGCGACCUGCCUCCUCGCCAGGUCAUUGUGCCUCUGCUCGAGCAGUUCACUCAGUUCGCUCAGAACCCCAACCCCGGUCACCGCAAGUCUGCCAUUCUCUCUCUCGGCACUGCCGCCGAGGGUGCUCCUGACUUCAUCGCCACCCAGCUCCAGCCCUUGCUGCCCGUUGUUCUUCAGCUCUUGAACGACCAGGAUGGCUCUGUCCGUCACGCUGCCCUUGUCGGUCUCAUCCACCUCGCCGACGAGAUGGCCGACGAGCUCUCUCCCAAGCACCGCGAACUCAUCAGCGCCCUCCUCACCAACCUCGAGGCCGUCGCCGGCUCCGCCGACAAGCAGAGUGUCAGAAUCAUCCGUGCUGCCUGUGGUGCCCUCGACUCCCUCAUCGGUGAGGGACUCGAGGACGACCUGAUCAACGAGUUCGGCCCCAAGCUGAUUGUCCCUAUGGGUAAGCUCCUCGGUCACGAGGACUUCGCCGUGAAGGCCGCCGCCGCCGGUGCCAUUGGCGCCAUCGCCUCCGCUCUUGGUGGCGAGCAGUUCAAGCCCUACUUCAACGAUGUUAUGGGCGCUCUCGGCCAGUACGUCACCAUCAAGGACAGCGAGGAGGCGCUUGCCCUUCGCUCGUCCGUCUGCGACUCCAUGGGCCGCAUCGCCGAUGCCGUUGGCGCCCAGGAGUUCCAGCCCUACGUUAUGGAUCUCAUGAAGGCCAGCGAGGAGGCCCUCAGCCUCGACAAUGCUCGCCUCAAGGAGACCAGCUUCAUUCUUUGGGCUUCCCUGUCCAAGGUCUACGGAAACGAGUUUGCUCACUUCCUCCCCGGUGUCUUCAAGGGUCUCUUUGACUGUCUUGAGCUUGAGGAGGAGUCUGUCUCCAUCCCCGGCCUUACGGAGGAGGAUAUCCCUGAGGGUCUGCUGCUCUCCGGCGGCAAGAAGCUCAACUUCAAGGCCGCCGCCGAAGAUGAUGACGAGGAGGGCAUGGAUGAGGACGCCGACUGGGAAGACCUCGACGACUUCGCCGGUGUCACCGCCGUUGCUCUUGAGCAGGAGAUCGCUCUCGAGGUUCUCGGCGACGUCAUCACCCACUCUUGUGGCCCUGAUGCCAUCAGACAGUACCUUGGCGACGCUAUGGGCAAGGUCGCCCCCCUCGCCGAGCACCCCUACGAUGGCGCCCGCAAGGCCGCCAUCUCCACCCUCUGGCGCUCUUACAGCCGUGUCUGGCAGCUCUUCGAGGAGUCGACCGGCACCAAGUGGCAGGCUGGUUUCCCCCCCAAGCAGCAGCCCGACGAGGUCAUUGUCAACCUUGGCCAGAUGGUUGUUGAUGCCACCAAGGGUGUCUGGCAAGAGGACACUGAACGGAUGAGUAACUCGCGUUAUACCCAGCUCACUCAGACGUACACAAUGACCGUCAUCACCGAGAUCAACCGCAACAUGGCGGCCACCCUCAAGACCUGCGGCCCCUCUAUCCUCGUCCACGACGACCUGCUCAAGGAGAGCAUCACCAUCCUCGGCACCCUCAUCACCCGCUCCCACCCCUGCCAGCAGGACCUCGGCGACGAGGAGGAGGAGCAGGAGGCCGAGGGCUCUUCCGAGUUCGACUGGCUCGUCAUCGACACCGCCCUGGACGUCAUCCUUGGUCUCGCCACCGCUCUCGGCGGCGACUUCGCCGAGAUGUGGAAGAUCUUUGAGAAGCCCAUCCUCAAGUUCGCCAGCUCUCAGGAGUCCCUCGAGCGCUCCACCGCUGUGGGCGUCAUCGCCGAGGCUGUCAAGUACAUGGGCGAGGCCGUCACCCCCUUCACCGACUCUCUCCUGCCUGUGCUCCUCCACCGCCUGACGGACCCCGACUCCCUCGCCAAGUCCAACGCUGCCUACGCUACCGGCCAGCUCAUCUUCAACUCCCAGUCUACCAACCAGACCAUUUCCCAGUACCCCGCCGUUCUGGAGAAGCUUGAGCCCCUGCUGCAGAUCAAGGAGUCCCGCAUGGUCGACAACGUCUCUGGUUGCAUCUCGCGCAUGAUCCUCCGCAACCCUAACCCCGAGUUUGUCGAGCGUGUGCUCCCCGCCGUCGUCGACGUCCUGCCCCUUCAGGAGGACUACGAGGAGAAUGCGCCCAUCUACCAGGCCAUCGCCAAGCUGUACGAACAGCAGAACCCCACCGUCGUCAACCUCACCCCCAAGAUCCUGCCUAUCCUGCAGGCCGUUCUCAGCCCCCCGGAGGAGCAGCUCGAGCCCGAGACCCGCCAGCUGGUCCAGAAGCUCGCUUCGCUGCUUCACUAA